AAAGUGACAAAUAACUGUUUGAAAAUGUUUAUAUAUUACUGCAAUAUUUCAAAACAUUGACCAUUCUUUAAAAGUGAAAACAACCUAAAUUAAGUAAAUGAAAAACUACAUGGAAACCCCAAGUUUUCUAGCAGAAUUUCACUUUUCCAACAUAAAAAGAUUAAGACUACAGCAACUAUGCAUUGGAGCAUUCAAAUCCUCCUUUUUGACUUUUAAAUCAAAUUAUUUCGCUGUAGGGCAAUAUAGUCACAUUGACAAGUCGUACUAAAUCUCAAUUCUCAGCCAGAUAAAAUUGAGAUGGCAUGAUUUAAAACAAUUCAAUAAUACCCAUAAAAAUUUUACUACAUUCCAAAGGUAAAAAAUGUUUAAGAGCAAGAAAGAUAAUUACAUGAGGCAUCUUAUUACAAAAUGUAGUGUAUGCUAUUUUGAUUUCCUACUGAAAACUAAUUCAAAAAUCCCACUGCACUCAGCUAUAGUCACCCCAUGGAACUUUUAUAAACUAAAGGUAGAAUAAAAAUGAUUUACAAAAAAUAACCUUAUACAGAAAAUCAGCAGCUAUUUAUCAAGUGAUGGUGCUUGAAAAGAGCCAGCGAAAGCUUCUAAGCAACAAAGACAGCGCUUUUUGGUCCGUGCCUAUGUAGUGCAGGCACCUCCCAGCCUGCUUUCCACAGCUCUCUCCGUAUUUAAAGGCUGAUGUGGUGUUUAAAUGGAGAGGCGGUGACGUGGGGCUGGAAAGCACCUUCCCAUCCUGGCAGAGUCUAUAUUAGAGAGCGGCAAUGGCUCUAUAUAAACAGGGCAGCCACAGGGAGGAGGAACACAAGGAGCAGGGAGAGAGAAAAGCAAGGGGAAGCCAUGAUGGAUCUGAGAGCACAAAAUGAGAGCGCCUCCAAAUCAGCAUCAGGACUUCGGUUGGUCAGCAGGGGUUUAUUUUUUGGCCGGUGGGGUGCUUAUUUUUGAGUGCAUUUGAUUUGCAUUGGGUUUUUUUUUUCCUUAGUGCCUUAGAACCAGUGAUGAAAGGGGCUGGGAGGGUUUUUUUUUUCUUUUUUUCCGUGUGACUGCUUAUUGUAUACCGAUGUGAAACCGAGACUCAGAAGCCGAGCCUGUCCUCUCUAAAAGAACUGAAGGGAGAAGCAUAGAAAAAGGAGGCGGGAAAGGAAAAGAGAGGCUAUUAAUAUAAAAGCGCUUCCUGAAGAAAACUCGGGCGGAUCAAAAGGGCCUCUUCCCAGAUAUAGAUAUAAAAAUACAUCUCCCCGAGUGAAGGGAAGGAAGAGACGUUCUCUGCCAGACUAGGAAUUAAAAGGAAAUCAACCUUAACUGUCCUUUGGAAGGCAGAUGCUGAAGUUGAAGCUCAAAUACUUUGGCCACAAAUGAGAAGAGAGGGUUCAUUGGAAAAGCCCCUGAUGUUGGGAAAGAUUGAAGGCAAAAGAGAAAAGGAACGGCAGAGGAUGAGAUAGUUACAUAGUGUCAUCCACAGAAUGGUCGUGAGUUUGGGCAGACUCAAGGAAACAGUGGAAGAUUGGGGGGGCCUGAGGGACUCUGGACGGUGGGCAUGUAUUGAAGUGGGCUGUUAUAUACAAAAACGCAUGUUUCGGCUGAAGAAAAACCUUCUUUUAAAAGUAAAAAAAAAAACCCUCUGCUGAUGGUGCGGCUCAACAGAGGCAGGGAGGGUGAGGCCAGGGAUUUUUGCUACUGGUCCUCCAAACCAGCAGCCGUCAUUGCUAUCGGAUCAUGUGAGCCGGUCCGAACCGAAUUUUACCCUUGCUUUAUGAUUUAUGGAGGAUGAUGUAACCAUCAUAAUGAAAUCUGUAUCUUUUUCCAAAUACUGAAAUAUUUAUCCUCAUUAACACAUCUAUGCAAUGGAGACUCACCACACAGAAAAGAAUCAACAUUUCGACGGGCCAUUUUAUCUGAAGAUGUCUAAUGGGACGUUUCACCACUGUUUUGUGCCUGCCAACUUGGAGAAGUUGCUGGGGGAGCUGGAAAACAAGUUUCAGCAUGGCCAGGAGUACAAAAGGCACGAAGAGAGCCGCCUCAACAACGACUUCCUGGGAAUGCAUGCACGGGCCCUCCUCAAGGAGACACUGACCAUCUCGGCCGACCUGUGGGACAAGUACUAGCUGCUUGCGCUCACCGUCCGGAGACACUGCGCCUGCUUCAGCUGCCUCAAGACAGUAUCUCAAGGGCAGAGCGGGAGCAGGUACCUUGCUGGGCUUCGAGCAACCCUUUCUUCCCACCCCCCUCAGUGGCUGGCCACACCAGCAGGACUCUUGCCAGCCAUGCUUCCCCAUGGAUGGACAGACUUUCCUCCAUCGCAUGCUGACUGGGCAUGGCAGGAGCUGGAAGUCAGGUAAGACACAGGUCUUGCAGAUGGCAAGCGGAGCCCCGUGUCGCUCCAUGCAUUUCGCUUCUCCACUGUCCCACCGCUCCUCACCUGCGACUCCCCCUCACUGGCCGAGAUUGACAAGCCAGAUUCAGGGAGCUGAAUGCGCUGCCAUCACCCAGAAGGAAAUAACAUUAGAAAUGGGCUCUCUCGCAGUACCUCCUCUUUCUCUCCUUCUCCUGAGUGGCAGCGGUGCAUCUGGCUCACCGAAUCUGGCCUGCUGAUCUCGGGCAGCAGCGGCUCUGAUGUUCCCCCUUCUUCUGUAUCUAGGUAUUUGGGGGGGGGCUUAUUUUAGCGCAUGCGCUCGAAAGCCCAAUUAGGCUUAUUAUUGGGACAUGUCUUAGUUUCAGGGAAACAUAGUAUCAUAUAACAUCCUGUAUAAGAGUAUGACUUUGCUUUGUCCAGAGAUUUCAUUGCUCCAGAUUAGUCUUUACGGUCUCUUGCUUAUAACUUUUAUUUAAACAAUAGACUAUCCUUGGCCUAUGGUUGAGCAUAUUUUGUUGAAAAAAAUAAAAAUAAACUUGAAAAAAGGACAUAUCUGAAAGAAACUUGUAAGGAUUAAAAAGUGUUUAUAAUUUUGCUUUACAAAGGAAAAUUCAAGAGUAAAAUUAUAUUCAAGAAAAUUAAAUUCAAGAAAACUAUAAAAUGCAUUACCUAAAAAGGACAAUUCACUUUCCAUAUUUCAUAUGAAUGUGGCAGUCUAUACAUUAAGUGAUAUCAUUUGUAUGGGUAAAAGAUAAAUGACCAAAAUAAAGGACAAAAGUGACUUUUUGAAAAAUAAAUAAAACCAAAGGACUGCUCUAUUUUUUAUGAUAAGGUCAUUGUAAUACUGUAUAGCCAUGCUACAAUGUAAGCCCCUACAGAGAUAUGAAAUUAUAUUUGCAGCUGCCAAAAAAAGCCAAAGCAGUCCAAGGCUGCAUUAAUAGAGGGAUAGAAUCAAUAUCACCCGAAGUGUACUAAAUGCCACUCUAUAAUGGCUUGGUAAGACAAUUCUUGGAAUACUGCAUCCAGUUUUGGUCACCACGAUAUAAAAAAGAUGUUGAGACUCUAGUCUAGAAAGAGUACAGAGAAGAGGAACAAAGACAAUUAGGGGACUGGAGGCUAAAACAUAAAGAAUGGUUGCUGGAGUUGGGUAUGUUUAGUUUGAUGAAAAGAAGGAAUAGGGGUAAUACGAUAGCAGUGUUCCAAUAUCUAAGGGGUUGCCAUACAGAAGAGGGAGUCCAUCUAUUCUCCAAAGCACCAGAAGGCAGAGCAAGAAACAAUAGAUGGAAACUAAUCAAGGAGAGAAGCAACCUAGAACUAAGGAGAAAUUUCCUGAUGGAACAAUUAAUCAGUAGAACGAUUUGCCUCCAGAAGUUUUGGAUGCUCCAACCCUAAAAGUUUUUUAGAAGACAUUGGACAACUAUUUGUCUGCAAUGUUAUAGGGGCCAUGAUGGCAAACCCAUGGCACACGUGUCACAGGUGGCAUGCAGAGCCCUGUCUGGGCAUGUGUACCAUCGCCAGCCGCUCUUCUGGGUUCGAUCGCAUGCAUGCACACCAGCCAGCUGGUCUAAAUGUGAUAAAUAACCUUUUUUUAAAAAAUGAUGCAAUUGUUCACAAUUGUUCCAGAAGACUGGACCAAAAAAGGUGACUUUAAAUUACAACAAAAUAGAUUUCAGUUGAUUAUCAAGAAAAAAAGAUGCUAAAGAUGAGAACUGUUCAUUCAUGGAACUAACAACCUUGGAAGAUGGCACAUGAUCUUGUAGUGGAUACUGACGGUGUUGAUUUAAUUAUUUUAAAAAUAAAUGAAAGAAAUGUAGUGGAUUCCUAAAGAGGUUUGGACCAGAUUAUGUGUAAAAUAUUUUCCAAUCUCAACAUUCUAUACUUCUAUGAAACAAAUGAAAACAAAUGGGAAGAAAAAAUGGCAAACUGUACAAUACUGUAUUAAAAGGUUUGUUAUUAUGAAAUGAACAGUAAUAUUUUGAACUUACAGUAUCUACUUUGGACUUUAUAAAGCUUAAAUUAAAGCCUGCAGAUAUUUGUCAUGUCAGUUUUUUAUAUUGUAAAACAAUAUGAAAUCAUAAAGAAAUGCCAAUUUUUAUAUUUACCAGACUAUAUUUUCAAAACCUUGAUCUACAAAUGUGAAAAAAAUAGUAAUUAUAUUAAUGAUUACAAUUAUAGCAGUAGCAUGCAAACAAAAAUAGAAUUAAAAAAUAGAAGGUCAGAAAAUAAAGAAAAAAAUAAUAUAAUAAAAAAUAUAUAUAACAAAAGUUUUCACCUUCAGCACAAGAAGUAUAAAUUAUUUUAUAACUUAGUAUCGUCCCCUAAAAUACAACAAAUUAUCUCUUCUUUCCAUAUCCUAUCUUUAAUCCAUAAACAACUUCAUGAAGUCUCUUCAUUUCAGUUAAGAUCUCAACAAUAAUUCAUUAAGGGUCAUCAGAAAUAUAGGUAUGUAAAAUCUCAUUGGUGAUAUAUUUCUCAUACAGUAGUACAUCAAAUAAACUGAUCAAAUGGUUAAAAAGUUAUUCAUAGACCUUAUAUGAAGCCCAAGGUAGGGGUGGGGGGUUGUUAUUAGGGAAAGUCUAGAGCCGAGGGAGGCCACUGUACCUCAGGUUGCCGGUUGUGAAUCCCUCUUUGUGAAGUGGGGCCAUCGGAAUCAGUUGGGCUUGUUGAUCACGUACCUGGCUCCUUGCUGCGUGACUACAGCCCUACCCGAGUUGUUGGAGGUGCUCGCCGGGGUGGCGGUUGAGACCUCCAGACUUAUAGUCAUGGGGGACUUUAACCUGCCAUCGACGGGCUUGUCAUCGACGACGGCGCGGGAGUUCCAGGCUUCCAUGACGGCCUUGGACCUGAUUCAAGUAAUUGAUGGCCCUACGCACAUAGGGGGAGGCACACUGGAUUUAAUUUAUAUCUCUGGACAGUGGUUAAAUGAUCUGAAACUAGAUAAGUUAGAAGCAGAACGGGUGUCAUGGUCAGAUCAUUUGCUCCUUCGCCUAGAUUUUCAGACCGCUACCCACCACUGCAGGGUGUUGGUUCCAUCCCAGGCACCUGAUGGACCCGGAGAGGUUCCUGAUGGAGCUUGGGCCGUUUCCUGAGGACCUGGCCCACGGCACGGCUGAAGAACUAGUUGCGGCCUGGGAACGGGCCGCGGCUAGAGCUUUGGGCCGUGUCGUGCCUUUGCGGCCUCUGACCCGGCGUAAAUCUCAGCCGGCCCCCUGGUUCUCCGAGGGGCUGAGGGAGAUGAAACGCCAGAGAAGAUGCCUAGAGAAUGUUUGGAGGUCCAGCCGUUCCGAAGCUGACCGAACACUAGUUAGGUCCUAUUCUAGGACCUACCUAGUGGCAAUGAGGGAGGCGAAGCGUUCUUACGCUUCCACCCUCAUUGCGUCAGCAGAUAACUGCCCGGCCGCCCUGUUUCGGGUGACCUGCUCUCUCCUGCAUCAGGAGGUGCGGGAUGACCCAUUGCAGGGACGUGCCGAGGAGUUUAGCGGUUAUCUAUAUGAUAAAAUCGUUCAGCUCCGGGAUGGCUUGGACCGAAAUUGGGAUGAUCCGGAUGAGAGGGCGGAGUCGCGUCUUGUGGAGAUUGUUUGGGUUGAGUUUGACCCUGUGGCUCCCGAGGACGUAGACAGGUUGUUGGGGAGGCUGCAUGCCACGACAUGUUUACUGGACCCGUGCCCUUCCUGGUUGGUGCUGGCCUCUCAGGAAGUGACACGAGGCUGGCUCCAGGGGAUUAUUAACGCUUCUUUGUUGGAAGGGGUUUUCCCUGCCGCCUUGAAGGAGGCGGUGGUGAGACCCCUCAAGAAGCCGUCCCUGGACCCAGCUGUUUUAGGUAAUUACCGUCUGGUCUCCAACCUUCGCUUUAUUGCGAAGGUUGUAGAGAGUGCUGUGGCACGGCAGCUACCCCAAAACCUGGAUGAAGCCGUCUAUCUAGGACACAAAUUCCUUGUGUGUCCAAUCACACUUGGCCAAUAAAAAUUCUAUUCUAUUCUAUUCUAUAGACCCGUUCCAGUCCGGCUUCUGACCCGGAUAUAGCACGGAGAUAGCUUUGGUUGCGUUGGUGGAUGAUCUCUGGAGGGCCAGAGACGGGUUAUUCCUCUGCUCUGGUCCUGUUAGAUCUCUCGGCGGCUUUCGAUACCAUCGACCAUGGUAUCCUGCUGCGCCGGUUGGGGGGGUUGGGAGUGGGAGGCACCGUUUAUUGGUGGUUCUCCUCCUACCUCUCUGACUGGUCGCAGACAGUGUUGACAGGGGGGCAAAGGUCGACCGCGAGGCACCUUACCUGUGGGGUGCCGCAGGGGUCGAUUCUCUCGCCCCUCCUGUUCAACAUCUAUAUGAAGCCGUUGGGUGAGAUCAUCAGUGGCUUCGGGGUGAGAUAUCAGCUGUACGCUGAUGACACUUACCUGUACUUUUCCACCCCGGGCCACCCCAACGAAGCUGUCGAAGUGCUGUCCCGGUGUUUGGAGGCCGUACAGGUCUGGAUGGGGAGGAACAGGUCAAGCUCAAUCCCUCCAAGACGGAGUGGCUGUGGAUGCCGGCACCCCGAUACAGUCAGCUGCAGCUGCAGCUGGCUGUUGGGGGCGAGUUAUUGGCCCCAAGGGAAAGGGUGCGCAACUUGGGUGUUCUCCUGGAUGCACGGCUGUCGUUUGAAGAUCAUUUGACGGCCGUCUCCAGGAGAGCCUUUCACCAGGUUCGCCUGGUUCGCCAGUUGCGCCCCUUCCUUGAUCGGGAUGCCUUAUGCACAGUCACUCAUGCUCUCGUUACCUCUCGCCUGGAUUAUUGCAAUGCUCUCUACAUGGGGCUCCCCUUGAGAUGCACUCGGAGGAUUCAGUUGGUCCAGAACGCAGCUGCGCGGGUGAUAGAGGGAGUUCCACGUAACUCCCAUGUAACACCUCUCCUGCGCAGACUGCACUGGCUACCUGUUGCCUUUCGGGUGCAUUUCAAGGUUCUGGUUACCACCUUUAAAGCGCUCCAUGGCUUGGGGCCUGGGUACUUAUGGGACCGCCUGCUGUUACUUCAUGCCUCCCACCAUCCUGUACGCUCUCACAGAGAGGGACUUCUCAGGGUGCCGUCCACCAAACAAUGUCGGCUGGCGGCCCCCAGGGGAAAGAUCCUUCUCUGUGGGGGCUCCUACUCUUUGGAAUGAACUUCCCCCUGGUUUAUGCCAAAUACCUGACCUUCGGACCUUUUGCCGCGAAUUGAAAACAUAUUUGUUUAUUCGCGCGGGGCUAGCUUAAACUUUUUAAACUGUUUAGUUUUUAAAUUUUAAAUUCUAUUUAUGUUUUAAAUUGGGGUUUUUAGAUUUUAAAUAUUUUAAUUUCUCGGCCAAUUGUGUAAUAAGUUUCUUAAUUUAGUUUUAAAUUGUAUAUUGUGUAUGUUUUUUAGCCUGGCUGUACACCGCCCUGAGUCCUUCGGGAGAAGGGCGGUCUAGAAAUUCAAUAAAUAAUAAUAAUAAUAAUAUUUCCUGUUGUCUUAACGGAUGCCUGAUACCACUGCCUUGCAACCAUCACCAUAAAUUACGCCAAUAUUUUCUUGUCUGAACUGACCACCCACAGUGACAUUGUUUUUGUUAACUAUUCUUAUCUGCUAUUUACUUGCUUUAGAACUGGUAAUAGACCAUGUGUGGGAAACUUGUACCAUGUCAAAUAUUGUUGGAUAUCAUCUCCACCUGCUCCCAUCAGCAUGGGCAAUAUUUGGACGUGAAGAGAGUCAGAGUCUAAUAGCUUCUUAGACUUGUUCCCCAUCCUAUCCCUGGUUAGAUUUUCCCUGGUUCCCCCCCCCCAAUUGUUUUAAUAAAUGAUCAUUGUAAGUCAACAAAACCUUUUGUUGUUGUUUUAUUAACUUUUUGAAAAAAGUAAGUGUCCAUAUUAGACAAUAAAAAUUAGCUGUGUUAGGUUGCAUCCUAAAAGAAAAAGGAGAAAAAGAAUACAGAUUUGAAAUUAUCUGUUUUUUAAUAUUGCACAAGUAUGCUUUACAGCAAUAUGACAAAGAAUUAUUAAAUAAUUCAGAUCAAUAUUUGCAUAUUAUUGAUAAUGGAUAUUGGUCUCAUGAGACAUUGAUGCCAGUAAUGGUAUGCUUAUUCUUUUAAUUUGCAUAAUAAUCGGUGCGGAAUGCAUGUAAAUAGUUGAAAUUCCUUUUAAUCUAACUCCUGAUGAAAAUUUAUAACUAGCUGUGGUCUGCUUUUAUUGAUUUUAGUCUUUUUUAAUUUUCUGACUCUUCAGAUGUUAUCUGGCAGUGUGAGAAAUUAAGUAUCAAUAUUUUUUGUUUGUAUAUUAUAAACACAUUCACAUUGUGUACUUUUAUUGCAGUUUAACUCGUGCUGCUAGAUUUUUUUACCCAGUAUUUGAGUAACGCUAGCAACAUCAAACCACAAGAUGGCAAUAGUUUCUCAAAAAGGAGGAAAUUAAAUAAGUGAAGUUGUAUCUCAAUGUUUCUUCAUUUUGGAAUUAAACCAAAACAACUCACAAGUGUCAAACGUUGUAAAAUUGUGAUGUUCCUGGGCUAACAAUAAAAUCUUAAAAAGGAAAAAUUAUAUGUUUCCAGUAAGAAUUUGUAUAUACGUAGGCGUUUCCUUUUCCUUUUCUUUUUUUGGCUCCAUUCUUGUGCCAAAUUGUUAACUAAAAUAUAAAGAAUUGGACAUUAUAGAAAAUAAAAUCUAUAAUCGUGCAUUUUGUUUUACUUAUGUUUAUUUUAGCAACAGAUUCACCUCCAGCAGAUUCACCUGCAGUGCAUUCAUUUUUUUUCCUUAUUGAUGCCUACCGUGAAAGGAAAUGUACUGUAUAAGGAAAUGAAAUAUUAAUGAAUUUCAAGUUUGUUCUUGUGUUAUAUUGAUCAGGUAUUCCAUAUAUUUGAACAGAGCUGUUCUCCCCACCUUAUAUAAUAAAAUGCUAUCCUUAAUAAUUAGCAGAGGAUGUCCCAUUUAUAAAAAUAAUUGCUAAUUUUAUUUUUAAGCUGCCAUACUCUACUCUGUUAUAUACAGGUUGAUGGAUGCAGAACAAAAUUAGCUGAUUAUAAACAGGCUGGCAGCAGCUCUCCCAGUCUGGCAUAGGAAAUCUCUUGCAAUGGACAAGCAUAUAGUGCCCAGGGAAGUUUUUUAGCCAGCCUGCAAGUUUCUUAUGGGAAAUUUGCUUUGCUUUGGCAUGGGCAAAAGGACAGGUGGACCAGUAACAAAUGCGUGUGGAGAACUUACAUUUGGCAUUGUUGGAUUGCAUCAAAUUUUCCUGGCAUUACUAGUCGGCAUUCUGACAGAAGAACAUAGGAGCAAAGUGAGGAAGAUUCCCAAUCAAAGUUGAAGACUUUUUAAAGUUCCCAAGUUUUUUCUUCCAUGAGAUAUUGAACUUAUUCUGGAUCAGAGGUAUAGGCAAUCUUAACACUUUGCUAAUAGUUUAGUCCAUAAUAUUUAAGUGGUGAGAACUAUAACCUAAAAAUACAGAUUGCCUAAUGAAUGGUAAAGAGGCCAAAAGUUUUGGUCCCAUAGUAUUCUUCCUUUAGGACCUAUGCAAGGCAAGUGAAUAGCAUCAAUGAAGACUGAUAGUAAUUCUUUCAUUUUUCCCCUAUUAACAAGUACUGCAUAUACUGAAAAAUGAUCAAAUCACAUUAUUUUGUGAUUAAAUGACUAACUACAUCAGAUUAUAAAGGUGGAUAUCAAAAAUUAUGACAUUAAGGAAAUGAAAUCAAUGCCUUCAUUCUGUUUUAUGCAGAUUGCUAGAUAAUUUCCAUAGGGAUUCCUUAUGGUAAUGCUUUGCAAAGUAGUCCUGGGACGUGGUUAGAAUUUGAUCCAUCAGGAAAUCCAAAGGCCAAAGACUAGACUGGAAAAUUAAAAGAACAUCCAGAACAAGGCAAAACAUAAGCCACUUAUGUAUGUUGCAAAAUUUACAUCCAUGUAGUCAUCUUUUUA